AUGCCAAGCAAUUUUCCUCUUGUAUUACAUCUAUCUAUCUAUCUAUCUAUCUAUCUAUCUAUCUAUCUAUCUAUCUAUUCAGAGAUCUCUCAGUCUGUUUUUAUCUAUCUAUCUAUCUAUCUAUCCCAGUCUGUUAAUAUCUAUCUAUCUAUCUAUCUAUCUAUCUAUCUAUCUAUCUAUCUAUCUAUUCAUUAUCUAUUUAUUUCAGUUUCUAAUAUCUAUCUAUCUAUCUAUCUAUCUAUCUAUCUAUCUAUCUUGUUUGUUGACAUCACAAAACUAUCUAUCUAUCUAUCUAUCUAUCUAUCUAUCUAUCUAUCUAUCUAUCAAAUCGGCUGCAUAAAAAUGUUCGCAUUUUUCUUUCUUUCUUUCUUUCUUUCUUUCUUUCUUUCUUUCUUUCUUUCUUUUAAUAUCUCACUUUUUUUUCUUUUAAUAUCUACCGUUUACCUCCAUUCUUUUACGGUUUUCUUCCUUUUUCUAUCUUUAUCUUAUUCUCUCUCUCUCUCUCUCUCUCUUGUUUGCAUUUCUCUGUUUUUGUUUCGUCGCCGUCAGGUUGAACUUUUGUUACUGUUGUACAAUCAUUGCUUAUAUUUUCAUGUUUUAUCCCAUUCAUUUGUUUUAUUCUUUCUUCUUCAUUUCCAUCUUCGAUUUUCUUUUCUUUCCAACUUCUCUGAUAUUUUAGGUCAUUUUCUUUUACUGUUGAUUCACUUAUUUAUUUUCUUCCUUUUUUCAUUCUUUUAUUUUCAUUCUAAUUAUUCCCGUCCUUCCUUUUUCUUAUUAUUCCUUUUUUCCUUCACGACAAUUUAUUCUGUCUUUUUCAUAUUCCACUUUUUACAGCUUCUCCCUUUUUAUUCAUUAUUAUUCGCUUUUUUGUCUGUCCCAUCUAGUAUCCUACUUUCUCUAUCAUCUUUUCUUCUUCUUUCAAUGAUUCUUCUUCUUCUUCUUCUUCUUCUUCUUUCUUCUUCUUCUUUGUCACCACGUUCUUUUUCAACCCACCCCUCUCCCUAA